AACUCGUCUUCUGGCCAAUCACGCCAAUGUUGUUCUUGCGUUGUUAGGGAACUGAGGAAGUGUCUUCUUUUUCAAAUGACAUAUACCACUAUCGAUCUCGUUACUUUGCUCCUUCGAAACACGUCCGCAUUCGAUUGUGUUUGAUUAAAGGCAUGAUGUCCUCACCAGAUGGACCGAAGGCGUUUCGAGAACACAAUCAGUUGAACGAGCUGAGGCAGCAGAGCGAAUGUUUGCAGCAAGUCUGUAGCACCCAUCACACUGGCGGUAGAGACCAUGGACACGGAGAACACCCAGAUGCUGUUGGCUUUAUUAAAGGGACUCGUAGACAUAUAAGAACGAAUCCCACUAAACAUGCCGUAAGUUUCGCGGCGGACCUGACUUCAAGUCAAACCAUGACAUCACAAAGCAGAGAAGUCAAUAAUCCACCACCACCAUGUCACGAUAGAGACAUGGAACGGAGGCCGGCUGAGGUUAGCGUCACAUUACAUUCUCCUGAACAGGAUGAGUUGACUCACUCAGAAAGUCACCACUACAUGCCACCUUUACUUGGAUAUGAUUGGAUAGCAGGAGUCCUGGAUGCGGAAAGUUGUUCGAUGGAGCGCUCUGAGCAGUUCUUCAAUAACCUGCGUACAUUUCGAUCCAUGAAUAAGGAUGAAUGUGUCUCUAGGCGGCCUGUGAGAUUGUUGGAGGACGGCCCAUCUGCCCAGCUGCUUUUGACGGACAGGGACAACACGGAGAGCACCACGGACACCCAUCAAUGUAUGUUGGGUGCUGGAACUCAAUGUACGUUCUGUUACAGGAUCAACAGCCGACUAUUCCCUGUCCCCCUGGACCCUCAUGAAUGUUGUCCAGUGUGCAGAAGACCCAAAUCCACUGUUCCCCACACGGCCACCCAGCCUGCAUUAGUCAGGGUCAGCAUCCCACACUCCACAAUCGGGCCAGCAUAUAAGUAUAAAGCCCAUCGCCGUUGCAGUUUUGAUCCAUCUGAUAGUUUGGGCUUACCAUCACACUGUCUGUCGGGCUGGGCCAAUACAGGCCAGAACAAAGUACCAGAGGCCGAUAAUCUGGAUCUACGAGGCAGUCUCAACGUGAACAAAACCCCUGACCUCACGCAGACUGAGAUGGACUUUCCACUGUCGGGGGUGUCUGGCUGUCGGCGUGGUGACCAGACAACCGCUGUAUCACGACUGGCUCGAUACAGCUUCCAGCACCUCUCCCCCAAAAGGAAAUACAUGCGUGAUACAUCCUUCCAUGUGUACUGAUUAACCUCUUUCCUUUGAUUGUUUUAUUUCAGAUGAUGUAUCACUUCAAUUCUGUUUUACAAACAAACUAGCACCAUGGUAUAUGUCUUAUGAAACAUUUAGAAUCUAUCCACAAUUUAGUGUAGAUCGUAAUUUUUUAACUAUUAAUUAAAAGGUUAAAUACCAAUACUAGCUGCCAUAUGUGAUUGAGUAUUUUUUUUAUGGCCCUCUGCCUCUUUCCUAUCUGUUCUGUAUCUGAGAAUAACACAAGUGGUGUCUGAAUAUUUGAAAAUGCAUAAUUAAAGUAAUAACCAUAGUUCAUGAUAA